AUGGAAGCAAGCAUCCAAGAAAUAGAGCAACCGCUAGAGGCGGAGCUAUCUAAUGAGAAUCUCUGGAUGCUCAUUCGGCGUUUCAACAAGAUCGUAUACCGUGUCAAAGCAGUGGAGGGUCCUCCCUCAGCUGAGCUGGAUCUCAACCGGGUAGAGGAGGAAGAAAUUUUCCCACAGAAGCUGUGGGCGGCAACGGAACCUCCUCAUGUUUCCAGGCUCCGGUCUUGGAGAGACCCUAGGCUGUACUCCGUUGCAUGGUUUUGUGAUCUUCUCGUUCAUUUGAUCACUAGUGUCCUCGAUGCGUUGAUCUUGUCUCCGUCAAUCCGAUCACGGCUCUUCUAUCUCUCCUAUCCAGCUCACGAUGCAGGAAGUAACUCUGAUGCCAGUGGUGGUGAGACGACUAUGUAUGAUAGUUUCACCAAUGCCCCUGAAACCCACAAGGGCGAAUCCGCCGAGCAGGAAGCCAUGAAUCUAGUCGAUGACAUUGCCAGUGUUGCCUUAGAAAGCACCAGCGAUGAAUAUGGUUUCACUGUCAAAUUCGAUUACCCAGCGGCGCUCCCCGAGCUGGACCCAGGCGGUGCUGCGGCGAUCACACCAGAUGCACUGCUUGAGGCUGCAUCAGCUACUGUUCGGACCCUGCGUAUUCUUGGUGCUAUAACAGAUAUCCACGAACGAUUUUCCAGUCUUCUCUCCCCGACAUCACCGUUUCCUGCUAUCGCACCACGCCUACAGCUAGUAGGUGUACAGGUCUCUAUUGGCCUAAUGUUCCUCAUUAUUUCACACCCCUUAAUUGUCAAGGAUGGUAGCUUCAUCGUCAGCCUGGCCGUUUUUGGUUACCCUUGUCUUCCAACACACUGUUGCAUUCUUGAACCUUCCUCCCACAAUGAGCCCUUGUGGCCUCUGUGCCGUAAAACACCCAAAAGCACUUCUCUUGCGGCAAACGAUAAACAGCCUGUAUCUCCCGCACCACCAAAAACCCUAUUCAAAGAAGAGAUCAAAGUAGCAAGAAAGAGGAGGUGGGAUAAGAUCUUCCGGUACAUCGGCCAUACAAUUGCGGCUGUGAUAAAAGGCCACGUCACAAUUGAUCGUGCAAUGAGCAUUGCUGGCUCGACAAAUUGGGCUUUGGAGCCUUUCGGGCCGCUCAAAUUUGAAGCAAAGUUUGAACGCAAGCGAAGCACCGUGGUGAUCGAUUCGUCCCAAGAGCAACCUAUGCUGUAUUUUACCACCAGUCAACCCGCCAAACUGGACGAUCUCCAACUGGAGAGCCAAAAUAAGAGUAUCGUGCCGUUCCAAAUCCCCGUCACCACCAUCAAGGAACUGAGGAAGAUAGAGGGUUUGGGGUGGAAAGGGAAAUUGAUUGUCGAACUGAUGGCGGGGACUAAAGAUUCAGUCAAUGGUUUGGUGAUUUCAAGUGCGGUGCAGGAGCAAUCCUAUCAUCUCACUGGCAUGCAUACUUAUCCUUGGACGCACUCAUUGACCCGGACCCGCUGA